CUCUGGAAAAUACAGAAAUAAUGUGUGCUCAAUAAAAGUAGUGCCAAUCAUGUUUGAGGUCAAUUAAAUAAUCAAAACGUGUUGUUUAUGGUUCAAAUACCAAGUGCUGUCAUCGAUUCCUUGUAGAGACACCACACUGCUGCUUUUGUCACAUGGGAUGGCAGCAGCUUUCCACCAAAGUGUUUGUGUCCUGGGUGGCGUCCUGGUAUACUAUUGCAUUAUGCUCUGCGUAGUUGUUGAAGUUCACCACUCACUGCAAGUUCUCAUGCUUCAGGUGUAACCUGUGCUUACUUGGGACAGCUCUCUUUUUGAUGGGAGGCAUUAGACCAUUCUCCUUGUAUAACUGUUACAGGAGAGUCAGGCGUGUUCUACUGACGCUGAAAGACAAAUUCCAGAUUUAAAAAAAAUUGCCAAUAUUAUACAAUACCAUCAGACACACCUGGCUAACUUGAUGAGUCAUGUAAUCAUCUGGCAAAGUUUAGUCUUUUGUUUAGACAUGCUAGCUAAACAAUUAACCAUAAUCCUAAUCCAUAGAGUACUAGCAAUACAAACCGAUUGUCAUAGCUAGCUGAAGUUAUCUAUCUAACAUUAGGCUAUAACUCACAAUGCGAAAUCGCAUUCUGAGAACAUUACUACACACAGAUCAUAUAUGUAAUGUUAGCUAGAGAGCCAGACAUCUAAUGUCAGCUCGCUAGCUAACAGCAAGCUUGCAAUGAAAACAACUUUCUGACAAAAUUAGAAACAUAUCAUAUCUGAAACUAGCUAGAUUCUUAUCCAUAUACAUGGAUGAAUGCUUCAUGGCAUACUGCAGCGCCUUUCAUUAAAUAAGACGUCCUGCGUUUCCGUUUAGUUUGAACAGCUUGCUUGGCCCGUUGUUGUGUCAAGUCACUCUGGUUCACACUGACCGUGUGCAAUGCCAUAAGGAUCAUCUUAAACUUUAGCCCCCACCCAAACUCUGACUAUUUUACUCGCCAUAGCAGAGCUGUUUAGGCUGUUUUCAUGUUAUCCAGAGUGUUGGUAGUGUCAAUUGUGCUCCUAUUACAAUUUAAUUAUGCUUUUUUUGCUGACGUUUCCUGACACCAGCCAUAUUCAACCGGUGUUAGUAAAUUCAUCCGUUAUUCUGCGCUCUGGCACACUCAGACGAGACUGCUCUGAAACCGCUGUUGCAGUGACGUUCUAUUGAAAUGGAUACUUGCAUAGUGGAGUCUUUUGUUAAGUUUUACUACGCAAUACACAAAAAAGCUGCGUUAGACAGGAUUACCUACACAUACUGACCAGCUCAAAUAGACAGAAGCUAAUUGAAAUGCAUUCCAGGUGACUACCUCAUGAAGCUGGUUGACAGAAUGCUUGGGUAUGCAAAGCUGUCAUCAAGGCAAAGGGUGGCUACUUUGAAGAAUAUAAAAUAUAUUUCAAUUUGUUUAACACUUUUUUGGUUACUACAUGAUUCCAUAUGUGUUAUUUCAUCGUUUUGAUGUCUUCACUAAAAUUCUACAAUGUAGAAAAUAGUAAAAAUAAAGACAAACCCUUGAAUGAGUAGGUGUGUCCAAACUUUUGACUGGUACUAUAUUUAUAUUUUUUAAUUGCCUGUUUUUGGCAUUAGUCCAUGUCACAUAUCAAUUUGCCAACAAUGUAAAUCAUGUUUAGUGAGUUAAUAAAGCCACAUACAAACAUUUCUCGAUUAAGGCAGCUCCAAAAUGUUUCAGUCUAGCUCAGUGCUUUCUGUGAUGGAGGGGCAGCUGCGGAAUACAUAGAGUGUAGGUGUUGGUAAUUUUCUUUAGUUGCGCCGUGAUUGGCUCAGUGUUCCGUCACUCAUGGGGACACUACGUCACCGCAGAAUCUACAGGGAGAGUUAGGCAGUUUAAGCCCCCUUGGGUGUUGACAUAGAUUUACAUUAGAAGUCCCCAUCCAAGAAGGCACAAGGUCAUUGGCCACAGGUAAAAUGAUGUCAAAUCAUGUUAUGUCUACCGUAGCUUUGAUUGGACUGAUGAAUGCACUAACUGUAAGUCGCUCUGGAUAAGAGCAUCUGCUAAAUGACUCAAAUGAAAAUGUAAAUGUAGGACAGAGUUCCUGCCUUGUGGUCCAGAUACACCCCUAUUCUGGAGGACUAAUGGCCAGACACAACAGUCUUUAUAUUGCUGUGUCUGAACCAGUAACUCUGCUUAUUGCACUCUAAACUCGAGGACUUGUCAUUGUUUCCCAAUCCAGAGUCUUUACUUGACCUGCUGAUGUCUUGAGACUGAUGGAAGAACACCUUUCCCACUCCACUCAACCUCCCAGUAAUGUCCAGACAGAGUCUCUCACACAGCACCUGCUGGGCCAAAACAAAUCUCUCUGGUUGAUUAGCUGUUCCCACUGUUCAGCAGUCACUUUGUUCAGCCCUCACUGAGAGGUUUUUGAAUACUGUGUUUGAGUCCAAAGUGAGCUGGCAGAAAUCAGGAAGAAGAGAAGGUCAAAGUUCUAAAGUUGUAGAUACCCUGUCUUUGAAUCGGUGGAGAGAAAUUGCAGUUAGCUGGAAACUGUCUUUCCAAAUAAAACCACAUUUGCAACCAAAAAUGGUUUUGUAUGACCUGAAAGGGUUCUGGGACAUUUCAGUGGGCCUUAUAGAUGAUUCCAAAGAAACACAUUCCAGACCUCUUUCAUUAACCAAAGGCAUGUCCAGUUCAAUAAUAGGGUAGUAGUCUGUCACCUUGAUAUAAUAUUCAGACAACAAUGAAAAAAUAUGACGUAUUUCUUCUUAAUCCCGCGGUGAAGCACUGGGGUUUCGUUUCGAUUUAGGCUACUCUCACUCAUCACUGUGUCGAAAGUCAGCAGGCUACACAGUAUUUCAUAAUCAGGGCUCUCUCUUAUCAUGUUAUUACAACGUCAGCAAACAUAUUUUCGAUGCAAAGUCCACGUGUAGCCUACAGUAAGACUACAAUAACAUUUCAUCAUCAGUGAUGUUGUCAUGCAUUUUCGAUCUGCUUCAAAUGAUAUUCAUGAUGUCACACAGACUGAGGCUCAAAUCAACGUGUAUUUGUCAUGUGCGCCGAAUUCAACAGGUAAAAAAGGUAUUAGGUGAACAAUAGGUAAGUAAAGAAAUAAAACAACAGUAAAAAGACAGUGAAAAAUAAACAUACAAUGCAAAUACCUGUUUGAGUACCUGUUCAGGAGUCUUAUGGCUUGGGGGUAAAAACUAUUGAGAAGCCUUUUUGUCCUAGACUUGGCACUCCGUACUGCUUGCCUUGCGAUAGUAGUGAGAACAGUCUGACUGGUGUAGCUGGUUCUAUUAAGUCAAAAAGUAAAAUAGGCCUACGUUUUUUUUAAAUUGAUAACAUUAUGGGCUUAAUAUAAAUAAGAUAUUUUUGUUCAAUGGCAAACAUUAAAGUAGCCCCAUUUCGAUUGCUACUAAAUUAAAUAAAACAAAUAGGCUAGUUAAAAUCAUAUUGAAUAGCCUACAUUAAUAUUUACAGAAAAUGACUCGAAAAAAUACAUGGAAACGAAGCCUACAGAAAAUUGCAAACAAUUGCAAUUUAUAGCCUCAGCUCAAGCCAUGCAAAUCGGAAAAAGUGUCUCAAACAUGUUUAGAUGCGUCCUAUUCAACGCUGGCUUGGUAAGACAUUUACAGUAGCCUAUUCGAUGUGUGUGAAUAUUGCUAAAAACAAUACAUUGACUUUCCAAACACCUGUAAAACAUAAACGAAUAUAAAUGUCGUGGUAAAUAUGUGAUCUUAAUUGUUUUCCAACCGUCGCAGGUACGGAAAGUGAAACAGGUAUUGGCUUCACCCUAUUCGUUUUGAGGAACUAUAAAGGUCACAUUCCUACAGGUAAGAUGGUAUACCUAAACAUUAGUAACAAGAACAUUUGACAUAGCUAAGCCUGUUUUGUAUUACAAAUACAUACUUUUUUUGCUCCACGUCACGUUUUCAUUACCAACAUGCAUAGGCCUACGAAGUCUUUGCUUAUUUGUUUGUUUUUAACCCUGUGCAAUGGUUUCUCGGUGGGCUGCAGAUGGAUGGACGAUCACAAAUUCCUACAACACAGUGAGACCUUAAUGAACGUACUCAAUAUUAUGGGUGGGGAGUUUACUACAGACAGUGUGGACAUACCUUUCCCAGAGGACCUGUACGAGCAAGCUGAAUAUUUACCAACUGAUGACACAAUUUGGUUCAUUCUCCAAACCCUUGACAAGAUCUCUGAGCUGUUUGAUGGAGAACUAGACUCUGUCUGGGAUGAGAAGAAAGUGGAGAUCUUCCUCAAUGUUCUCACCAGUCAGUCUGAUGGCCUUCAGUCAUGUGUUAGGGCCCAGAAAAAAAAUAGCAAGAAUCUGCAAAUGUACUUCAAGAGGCUGAACAACCAUGUCCUUAAAAGAAUGGCAUACAGUGCUCAUGCAUGGGAGCUGGUCAGGAAAGAGGUUAGGACACAUCUGAGGAGGCUGGUUCUUCUGGGUUCAGCUACAGAAAACAGCAUCUAAACUCAGCAACGCAAUAAUUAUCGUCACGUAUGAGUGACAUCAUGUAUUUCGCCUGUUUCUUUGUAUUUUUUUAUGAUAUGUUUAUUGAUUCCACAUGGAAAUGUUUUUCUUUUUUAUCUGGUUUUAAAUCUAUUCAUUUAUUGGGUUAUUUAUUAACUUUUAUUUAUUCUGUUGAUGAUUGCUGGAUACAUUUUUAUACACAAAAUUACUGUAGAUGUAUGCUUUUACCUGCUACUUCAUUAAAUGCAUUUUUGACUAC